AUGGAUGGUGAAUUGAAUGUAACAUAUAUUACUCUUGGUGGGCAUGUGAAGGUGGAAGAAUAUGGAUAUGUGUAUUUUUUCAUCAUGUUCACAGUGUAUGUUUUGAUCAUUUGCAGUAAUUCUAUUAUUGUUUAUAUCAUUUGGAUUCACAAAAACCUCCAUGAACCUAUGUACGUUUUCAUUGCAGCUCUGUCACUGAACUCACUUCUUUUUAGCGCUGGCAUUUACCCAAAACUACUGAUUGACUUUUUGUCUGAAAAACAGGUCAUAGCUUACUCAGCCUGUCUUUUUCAGUUUUUUCUGUUUUACACAUUGGGGGGGUCAGACUCCUUACUGUUGGCGGCCAUGGCUUAUGACAGGUACGUGUCUAUAUGUAAACCUCUGCGAUAUCCAACCAUCAUGAGGAAAUCAACUGUUUGUAUGUUUUUGUCUCUGGCUUGGCUUUUGCCUCCUGCUGAAGUUGCAGUUGCAGUUGUACUCAGUGCUAAUAGAAAACUCUGCAGCUUCACCUUGACAGGAAUUUUCUGUAACAAUUCAGUUUACAAACUUCAGUGUGUGGCCUCAAAAACCAUAUCUAUUUAUGGUCUAAUUGUUAUGCUAAAUCUUACACUUCUUCCAAUGUUUUUCAUCCUUUUUACAUACGCAAAGAUAUUUAUGAUAACUUAUCAAAGUGGUAGAGAAGUGAGGAAAAAAGCAACAGAAACCUGUUUACCCCACCUACUGGUUUUAUUUGCUUUCUCCUGUUUAAUUGCAUAUGAUGUGAUUAUAGCUCGACUGAAAUUUAAUUUUUCAAAAACUGUGCGUUUGAUAAUGACCUUACAAGUUGUUUUGUACAGUCCUCUUUUUAAUCCAAUUAUCUAUGGACUGAAAAUGAAAGAAAUAACAAAACACCUGAAGAGUUUGUUUUUUCAAGGGAAAUGCAUUUAA